GCUGGCGCAGGCGGAGGGCCGGCCGCUGAGCUCGGUGCGCGUGCUCGGCACGCCGCGGACCGUCGGGCUCGCCGCCGCCGGCGCCGAGUUCGCCGACUGGGGGUACCUCAACGACGCCGCCGGCUGGGCCGACGCCGACGCCAGCAUGCGCUUCGUGUACGAGCGCGCGGCCGCCACCGGCCGCGUCGCGUUCGUCAACGGCACCGUCGAGCAGCUGCUGACGACGGGCGGCGGCGAGGGGAGCAGGGUGACGGGCGCGCGGCUCAGGGAAGGCGGCCGCGUCCUGUCGGCGGACCUCGUCGUCGUCGCGGCCGGCGCCUGGUCGCCGCAGCUCGUCGACCUCUCGUCGCAGGUCGUCGCCACGGGCCAGGUGCUGGCCUACCUCGACCUGACGGAGGACGAGCAGGCCCAGCUCGGCCACCGCCCCGUCCUCAUGAACAUAUCGACGGGCCUGUUCGUGAUCCCGCCGCGGGACCGCGUGCUCAAAGUCGCGCGGCACGCGUACGGGUACCUCAACCCGCAGCCGCUCGCACACCCGCCCCUCGGUUCCCCGCCCUCGGUCUCCCCCGGCAGCGACAGCAACCCGGUCGUCGUCUCCACCCCGCACACCCACCUCACCGACCCGGACCUCUCGAUCCCGGCCGAAGGCGUCGCCGCCCUGCGCGAGGCCCUGCGCCGCAUCGUGCCCUUGCCCGAGCUCCACGACCGACCCUUCGCCCGCACCCGCCUCUGCUGGUACACCGACACGCCGACCGCCGACUUCCUCGUCGACUACCACCCCCGCUGGCCGCGCAGCCUCUUCGUCGCCACCGGUGGCAGCGGCCACGCUUUCAAGUUCCUCCCCGUCAUCGGCGGCCGCGUCGUCGACUGCCUCCUCGGCCGCCGCCCAACCGACCUUGGUCCCAAGUGGCGGUGGAAGGAGAAAGGACCGGGACAAGCAAUGGCAGCAAGACCUACUGAGGCAGCUCACAAUGCCGUUGUUGGCACCAGCGACGGCAGCGUGAUAGUCACGGAAGACGGGAGUCGAGGUGGGCGUCCCGGACUAAUCUUGGAGGAGGAACUGAAAAGAUGACCAGUGGUGCGAGCCACAGCUACCAACCUACACAUUUGGCAUAAGGCGUACGCACCAUCGAGCAUACAGCGGGCGUAAAGUCACGAGGGAUCUAGGCUUAGAAGGCAGAUUUUAGAGGAAUGCCAAAGGCAUGUAUCGUGGCAUUAGGUCGGUCAAGUCACUCGAAACAAUACAC